AUGUUAUUGAACAACAGCGUUUUCGUCCGCAAGAUGGGUCGCUGGUACUUUAUGUGUUUGUUGGGUCUUUUCGCUCAGAACGCUCUUUCCCAAGUACUUGGAAACCCGGGUUGCGCUUGCAACGUUCGUCAGCCAUAUGCUGGAAGUGUGGGGUGCAAUGCCCCGUGUGGUGGUCCAGCUGGCUACGGCGAUGUGGCCGUGUCGGGUGAAUUGCCCGUGGGUGGCAACACUGGCGUCUGUGGGAACGUUCCUGUAGUGGGAUAUGUGAUGUUCGAGGGUACAGUGCCGGCUGGAGGAUUGGUGAGCGUGGCCAACAACUGCGGAUGCAACGGUCCUGCGUAUUAA